AUGUUUGGACAUUUUUUUACUCCCGUGAUUUGAAUUGAUGUGAGCAAAUUACGGUCGAAGGCUAACGUGCCAAUUUUAAACAAAGGAUACGAAAAGCCAAGAAUAUGUCUCAGUCAUGGAUAGGUCCUGAGCUAGACGUGUCUCCCAAGUGUCCUCAAUUCAUUCUGUUGUUUCAGAUGGAUUAUCUGCAACGGCCGUAUGCAUAAUGUGACCGGACUAAAACAGUUCAAAUUCACGACAAGAUGUGUGAUUUUGUGGGACCGGAUGAGAAUAUACAAAAGGGGGCUAGAGAAAGAACUGAUGACAUUGGUGGUUAGAGGUUGGGUGCGUGGGAUGUCCCUGAAAUGUGGAAAUGUGGAGUUUAAGUCACAAAAAGUGAAAGUAGGAUCGUUGCAGAUUUUCGGUUGUAAUUGUUAACAAAUAACACAUUUCUCUUCUUCCUAAGAUUCAAAUACAUAUCUCAAAAAAAAAAAAAAAACGUUUUCAGCGUACAAAACUACAAAAAAUGUACUCACACAUACAAAGUACUGUCUAUACUGUAGCUACGUUAUUAGGCUAAUUAAAGCUUUCUAAAUCUAGGCCUGCCGUGAAAAGUAUUGAUAUCAAAAUGAGGCCAAAUUACAACAAACAAAAAACUAUCUUAGCUUACACAAAUUGAACGAGCUUUAUUUCAAAGCAAUGUUACCAAAUGUCUCUUAAAUUAAUUCAUUUAACUUGGUGAUGCUGUCUUUCUUUUUGGCACUUUGAGCACUUUUAUGUUUUUGCACUUAUGAUUUGAGUAAACAAAAAUAUUUUUUGGCACAUCUCAGCACAUUGGUCGUCAUUUUGGCAUAAGUUCCCUUCCAAUACACAGUGUGCGGGCUCAGCCCCAUUAAGGUAAUUUUAUUGUUCUACAAACAUUUAUUUUUCUUAUUCUUUUAAUUUCUCCCAUUUUUUGUAUACCUUGUACAUAUCCGUCUGUCUGUUUUGUGUGGCUUACUGUGCGGUUGGAAUGACUUUGGCUCAGAAUACGCUGGGCGAGGAAGCAGAGCCGCUUCCUGUAUAGUGAACGUCUAAUAAAAGCAUAUCUUUUUGCUGUGAGAGAGGGUCUGUGUGAGCCAACAUUCAACUGCAGCACAGAAGGCAAGUAGGCAUAUGUAUGGUGUUCUUGUUGCAGUGGCGCCAUGUAUUAUGGAAUCAUUAUACAAGUUUGUGUUUUCUUUAAAUAUUUCAACUUAGGAAAGUGAAUUUUCAAUAACUAUUUAUAUUAAAUUGUGUAUGAUCAAUUUUAUGUUUCAUUUUCAGUGGAACUGUGGUAGAAUGUGUUCAUCAGUUUUAACAUGCAGGGAACGCUCAGAGUUAGAGCGUUUUAAAAAUAGCUCGAUAUAUAAUAUAUCUAUAAUAUUAUUUCAGUAUUCAUUCUUGAACAUUGUAUCUAUAUGAAUAAGUACAAAUGUUUCUAUAUAUAGUGAAUGUCUUGUUAGGGUCUGUCAAGAGGUUUAUUAUUAAUGUGAUUCUGUUCUUUUUUAAAUGAACAGACAUCUAUUUUUUGGUAUCUUUUUAAAUUAAUAUUUAUUUGCAUGUAUUUAUUUACAUUAUUUACAUUUAAGAAGCAGAGAUACUUUCUCAUCAUCCAUAAGGAGAUAUGAAUGGGGCAUGGUGCUUCUUUGUCAUUGGCUGUUGCCAACUGUUAGGUGCUCUGUGUGCUGAGUGGUCAGCCUUCAUGCCUCAGACCAUUGAGGCUCUGGCUGGCUCCUGUGUACUGAUCCCAUGUCAAUUUGAAGUUCCCGAAAACGAAGUUGCCAGACUGAAGAAACCAGCCAAUGGGGUGUGGAGGAAAGGGUCGCAGUGGUUUACGGGCGGUGUUGAUGUAUACAACUCAUCACAUCAUCAGAACAUCCUUCAAGGAGAGAUCACUGGGGACCUGAUACAGAAGAACUGCACCACUAUCCUGGAUGCCAUUCCUAGCAAUUACACGGACGAGUACUAUUUCAGAAUCGAAACUGGUUUCAUGGCAACCUUUGGCAACAAUGUCAGCAUAAACGUCAUAGCCUCUCCACCCAAACCCCAGGUGACCUCAGUGGGUGCAGUAAUGGAGGGGACCCCGGUGAAUCUGACCUGCACGGCGUCAGCCCCCUGCCCUCGGCUCCCCCCAGCCCUGACCUGGUCCCCCCCCGAACUGGGGCACGGCGCGAGCGCUCUACUGGGGAAUCCGGACGGGACCCGAUCCGCGUCUUCCACGCUGAGCUUCGUGGCCUCGCGUCUCCACCACGGGCGGAUUGCGUGCAGCGCUGACUACCCCCUGCAGCUAGGGGGCGGUAGCAAGCGAGCAGAGGAGGCUGUCACGCUCAAUGUCCUGUACUCCCCAAAGGGCACCUCUGCUACAGUGAGUCCCUCUGAACUGGUUCCCGAGGGCACCACCGUCAGCCUGAACUGCACUAGCGAUGCCAACCCGCAGGUGGCGCACUACUCCUGGUUCCGAGUGAAGGAUGGGAAGGUGACAGCGGUGGGGUGGGAGAGGAACCUCACCCUGGUCAUGACUGAGAACCACACGGGCCUGUACCACUGCGAGGCCCAAAAUGAGCACGGGGGGCAGAACUCCACCGCCGUACAGCUGCGUGUGCAAGGUGCAGGUGCGGCACCGUGGAUUUGGGGGCCAGUGGGGGGAGGGUUCCUACUGCUUUCCAGUCUGUUGAUCUUGUGCAUCUGUAGGCAGCGAAAGUUACCAGACCCUGUUGUCAUGAAGGAGCGAGGCGAAGACGACUCCCCGGUGUAUGAAAACAUAAGCACAAUGACGAAGCUGGGUUUCGCAGAGAACCAGCCCAGAAAAGAUCUGGACGAGGCUGCGUACAGCAACCGUGAAACGCUGAAUCCGGGCGGGACUGUCUGCAUGAGCAACCCGUCUGGCACAGCGGAGAGGGAUGACCAGCUGUACGCGAACUGCUUCACUCCCUCCAGGCCAUAGCUUGGCGCUCGAGUCAGAAGAGCCCGUCUGUGCUGCAGCUGAUGUUUUCUACCGUCACUGAGCAACCAAGUCUCCUCCCAGUUCCCUGUACCUAGUAAUGGACACCACUGCUUUACUUACCUUGUAUGAACCUGCAUAGAAAUUUCACACUAUCCACCUAUGCAAAGCUAGACUUUGAUCUUCAUCACGUACCACCAACUUCAACAGAUGCACGCGUUAACCAGGCAAAUCAUUUGUUUCGUUGCCAAUGUGGACACACUCCCAAGGUCAGUUCCCUGUGUCUAUUUUGACUUAAGUAAAUGUAUUUUGAAUUGAGCAAAUUGAACAAUUGGUCGUUGUGCUUUUCGGGUCAUGGAAUGACCUCAAGGAUAUUUGAAAGCUAGAUGUCCUGGUUCCCAUGGAACACUGCAAGGCCUUACUGAAAGUCUGUUCACUGUGCGCUUUUACCUGGGUAGGUAAAGGUAAUACAAUAUUAGCAAUUAACCGAUGUUAUAUUUUAAUUUUGUUAGCAUUGACAUUUUGCCUGAUUGUUUACUUAGGCUGACUCAGCCGUCUGGUCACAUCGUGCCAGAAAUAGCUAUGAAAGUCACUAAGAACUUUUAGGAAAAUCUUGAAUUAUGUUUCACUGUUCAUUCCAUUAACUUUGUCUAGAAGCCUGUUAGAGAUUAAAGUUUUACGUGAAUAUAUACACACAGGAACUGUAGCAAUGGAAUUCAUUCAUGGGUACAUAGAAUUAGAAGGCAGGGUUUCAUUGAGUGUAGGGUUUCCAUACUUACUAUAAUUUAGAGAACUGAAACUGAAAAAUGGUCUUGAAUCAGAUAUAGAAUCAGGUAUGUUAUUAGUAAAACACUUUUUGCUUAUAAAAAGUAGGGACCAUCCCUGCUUUCUUCAGUUCGGGCUUGUCCAUCUUGUUGUGUGUAAGAGCCGGACUCUUUUUGCGGCAAUACAUCCCAUUUCUUAUAUCGAUAUACCGUGUUGUGCCUGGCUAUUGUAAUAGGAGAAUUUUCACUGCUCAACACACCUGUACCAGGUAUUUUUUUUAACUUCCGAAGAAAAUUUUUUACAUUUCCAAUCUGUCCAGCAGAGGGCAUCACUACAUUAUCAAGUCAGGAAACGGAAGAUGUCUUUUUCAUCCAGCAGAGGGCAGCAGAGUCAAAUAUUUGAAAUGGGAUAAAUGGCUGCAUUUGAUGGGAAUCAUCAGGUGCCCCACGUUGCUGAGUAUCCGGGCUUUGGAGGACUAAAUGUGCCAAAAUUAAAUAAAUAAUUAAAUAAAUAAAUGUUGAAUUACAUAAAUAAAUAAAUACUUAAUUUUAUUUCGAAAUAAUUAAAUAACCUCAUGGCUAUUUAAUUAUUUCAUGUUUUAUUUCCGAAUGGCUUUUUAAAUUUCCGAACUGCCUUUUUCAUUUCAUAAUAACACUUUUCCAAAAUGGUAAUACAGUUUAGUGAUGUAUGAAAUACAGCCAUUUACCUCAUUUCAAAUGUUUGACUCUACUGCCCUCUGCUGGAGCAAAAAGAUACUAUCCGUAUCUUCCGUAUGUGAAGACUGGAUGCAUUCUAAAGCCAACUACCGGAGGUCAGAGGUCCUGCAUUGUACCAUAUUCAAUCAGUCAUCGAUUUCCUGGUUGUAAAGCUUCCUUUUAUCCCUGCUUUAUAUGUAUUAUAAAACGAAAAAGAUAAUACUUAUAGAUGAUAGUAAAUUAAAGAAAAAAGUGAAAAGACAAUGCGUAAAGAUAUCGGAAAUGAUAACGAUAGUUAUCCUGCUCUGGUCACUGAGAGAACACAGAUUGCAGAGCACGAGGGACCAAAGAGGUGGGGACUGAGAGGAACAGGAAGUGAGAAUCAUGUUUAAAAGAGCUGAACCCUCUUACGGAUACACACACACACACACACACACACACAAACAGGCAUGCAUAGGGCUACCACUCAGCUACUCUUCCUCUCCAUCAUCUUCCUCUUUGCACUGCCAGAAUGUAGACCCUGAGGAUGAAGUGACCUACAGCACAGUGUUCACCAAGACACGGUCAUCAUCACACAGAAUGAGUCCACCUCAGUCACAGGUUGGAAGCCCAGUUGUCCAGAAC